AUUUAUAGAUACUGUCCUUAUAGAAGUAUUACAUAUAUUUUGCGGCUCCAGCUACGUCUAGAGAAAUUAAGCUCAAUUCUCAUUUCUCUUUUUUAAUACGCUCUGUUGUUACUACAGCACCAGUGCAGUAAUCGAGUACAGAUAGUGUACAGAAAAUGAACAACGAUUUAAACAUUUUUGAAGUUUCAAUUUCUAUAUACAAUCUAGUUUGUUUUGACUUAGUAUAAACUUGCGUUUCGUUUUUGUUCAGUUUAUUUAAGUUUCUCUUAUUGAUUUUUUGAAAAGGAUGUUUAGCCCGCAACUAGGAAAUUUUCCAUUUGCCACAUCAAAAAUUGACCCAGAUAACUCGAAAUCAAAUAACUUGGAUAGUAAAACAAUGGAAAGAAACAAUGGUGCUGGUGAUAGUAAUCAAACUCAGAUAGACAAAACUAAACUGAUUGUAAAUUACAUACCACAAUUUGCAACUGAAGAUGAUCUAUCUCAGAUAUUUUCAACUGUUGGUAGAGUUGAGAGUGUAAAAAUUAUGAGAGAUUUUAAGACUGGAUAUAGUUUUGGAUUUGGUUUUGUUAAGUAUGCUAACCCAGAUGAUGCUUCCAAGGCCAUUCAAGCUCUUAACGGAUACAAUUUUAGGAAUAAGAGAUUGAAAGUUUCGUACUCACGUCCACCAGGAACUGAUAUGAAGGAUUCAAAUUUAUACAUCACGAAUUUACCUAAAGAUAUUACUGAACAGCAAAUUGAUAAUAUGUUUUGUGAAUAUGGAGAGAUUGUACAGAGAACUGUGUUGAAAGAUAAAAUAACCGGGAUGCCUCGAGGAGUUGCAUUUGUAAGGUUUUCAAAAGGCGAAGAAGCACAGGCAGCCAUUGCAAGUUUACAUGGUAAAAUGUUAGAAAAUGCCAUGUUACCUCUUAGCGUUAGAGUAGCUGAAGACCACGGAAGACAAAAAGCGCAGUAUAUUGAUAUGUGGGAUCCAAUGAAUUAUAGUAGGGACUCCGACGAUUCAGAAGAACCUGAUCCCGAAGAAGUUUUGAUUUCAGCAGUUUUUUCCAGAAAACAACUUUGGGAUCCGAAAGUGCCUCUUAUAGAAGGCACGCAAUCUAAAAUUGAAGCACUUUGGAAAGAAAUAACUGAUAGAUUUGACGGAAGAUACACGACGGAAUUUUUGAUCAAAAAAUGGGGUCAGCUUAGGGAUGAUUAUAUUUUAUCUAAAAGAAAAUUAUUUUCUUUCGUUUCUAAAUUUCCUGACGAGAGGCCUCCAAGAUCAACAUUCCCUUAUUUUGACCAGAUGAAGUUUUUAGAUAAAACUAUAGACCUCUCCGAUUCUAUAGAAUGCCCUUCACACAGAACAGAUGUAAAACCAGUGGUCGGAGAAACCCAAACUCCGCCAGCAAAAAAAAUUAAAGUUGCAGAACCUAAUGAUAGCAUUGAUGAAUUUUUGGUAUUAUUGGGUGAAGGUCUUCGGUCACUACCACAAAAAAAUAUCUCAAAGUUACAAAAUAAAAUUUUGAAAUUGCUGGAGGAAGAGACUUCUUCAGUGUAAGAAGUUUUUAAAAUAAUUCAUGUAACACAUUUUUGGUCUUGUUGGGUUAUUUUAUUGUAUUACCAAGAUUAUUUUACUACACUAUGUAAUAAAAGAAAUAAUUGGUUAGGUACUGUUAUACUUGAUUAAUGCUUUGACAUAUUUUACAAUGACAUCAAAAUGUAGUAUUUGGUAUCUAAAGAUUUAUCCAUUGUAUGUAUUAUUUUUGUUUCCCAAAUUCUUGUUUGACAGUCAUUCUGUGAUGUACUGAAAAUACUGUCUACUGCCACCUAGUGCUGUAGUAAACAGUAUGAUCAUUAUGUCACCUUAGUAGUUAUUUAUGUUUGACAACCGUUACAAGUUUUUAUUGAAGUUAUACAAUAGCCUUCUUUAUAAUCUUUGUGGCUAUAAGUGAAUGUACAUACAAAUUUCUGUAAUAUAAUGAAAAAUUAUUCUUUUAUCCGUUAUUUUUUUGUGAUUUCAAAGCUAUUAAAUGACAUUUUAAUUUAAAAAAAAACAUACAGUCUGAACAAACAGUAGAUUCUGAGUUUCCAAGUUGUUGAUGUUAUAUGGUGUUGUUUUGCAAGAAGAUGCCCUUACAAAAGCCAAUUUGAGAAUAGGUUAAGGUCGUUUCAAGUUUAAUGCUUCUUAAUCAUUUGAUCUACCAGAUGAAACCUACUCAGGGCUUCUCCUGACGUUCUUUCAACCACCUUGCAGAUCCAAGAAGGUACACCUCUUUCAUUGAAAACUAAACGUUUCGGGAGUGUGAAGGGAUAAUUUAUAAAAGCAAAUUGCUCAUCACUCUUUAAUGACAUUUAUGGUGAAGAAUAUUUAAUCGGUGAUGAACAAUCUGAAUAAACAAAGAGUUUGAAGAUACUCAAUUUCCGCAGCGGUAAGAUCUAAUUUUAAAGCUGAAUAAACCACACAAAUUUGAAGACAAUCAAUUUGUAUAGCGAUAACUGAUUCAGAAGCUCUAAUUGUUAAAAUGAAUGAGAGGCUGGACACUAUCGAAAAAAUAUCUAAAGAAAACGCUUCACCAAAAAGAUGAGCAAUGCUUCAAAAUUUACAAUCGUAUAUUAAAAUACAAGGAGUUAAUAAAAAAAGAAGUGAAAACUUUCUACUAAUAUUCAAUUUGAUGAUGUAGGUAUUUUUAAAAUGAAAAUGGUGAUAGUGGUAAACAAAGUGAACAUAAACAUUGUUAACAACAAAUAUGAUAGGUGCUGGAAAACUUCAUCAUUAGGAAUAGGUUGUAAAUCUCGACUAUGAUGCUAAUAAGAAAGCCUGAAUGACAACAGAAAUAUUAAUAAUGGCUUAUUAAAGCUGACUAGAAAAUUAUUAGAGAGAUAUGAAAAAUAUUACUUUUCAUUGACAAUAGUAAAGUUACCAAGUUAAUUUUUUUCCAUCCAUCUCGGUAUCUAAACUACAGUCCUUACAUCAAGGACUAAUAAAAAAUCUGUUACAGAAAGGAAAGUUACGAAAAUGAUGAGUGAUGUGGGGUUUUCAAUUGUAGAAGUUCAUACGGACGUAGAAGCCAUUUGAAUAAAAUGUUGAAUAUAGAAGUAAAUUAGAAGAUUAUAUGACAUGUCAUGAAGAAAUAUUUACUACUGGAACUGACGAUGAAAUCCUUGACACAAUUAAUCAAACUAAAAAUGAAACAAACUACGAACUUAGGUUGAAAGAUAUGAUGGUCGAGGAUCGUGUAUUUGGUUCAUUAUUUAAAAUAAUUGAUAAAGCAUCUGCAAAUUCUUUACAGCAUAUUAAGAUUUUUUAAAAAUGUGUAAUUGGUUCCAUUAAAUACAUACCUACCAUAAAACUUGAAUCGAAUUUCUACUUUUUUAAUCAACACCUUAUAUGUAUAUUUAAAUAUAAAGAAAAAUUCUACUUUUAGCCAUACUCACAUUAGAAAAAAUGUAAUGUGAAAUUUUUGAGAUAUAGACUAGUUUUAUACAACUUUUAAAAGUUAAUAUUUUCAAAAAUUUUAGGUUAAUAUAAUUUAUGGAGAAAAUGGAACCUACUAGUUUUGCUAAAACUUAAUUGGGAAGUUAGAUAUUUUCACUAAGGUUCAAAAAAAUCUUUAAAUUGGUUUUUUUAAAUAAGCAGGUUUCAUUUUUUCUAAAAAAUAUAUUUGCCAUGAAAUUUUUUGAUAUAUAAGUUUUAAAAAUUGUAUAAAAUCAGUUUAUAUGCUUUUAUCUCAAAAAAAUCACUUAAGAUUUUUCAACAUCAUCUAAACAAAAAACUAUAGUAUAAUUCAAAGAAGAAUGUCAAUACGUAACUUUUAGAUAAGAUAAUAGUAAAUUUUUUUUAAAGUACAUGGUAAAUUACGACUCAAAUUCUAUUAAAAAUAAAAUUAUUUUCCAUAUCAUCGAAUAAAUUUUAUUUUCUAUUGGUGCAAGUUUUUCAGUAGGAACUUUCACCUACUAAAAAACCAAAUAUUUUGUAUGAGCCAUUUCAAUCAAAAGUUCAAUUCAUUUUAAUCAUGCAAUUUAUAUAUCCAUAUUAAAUAAUACAUAAUUUUAUUCUUUCAGGUCUUCCUCCAGUUAGAGGAGGAGUAUUGCCAUUUAGAGAAAUGAACAAUCCCAGAGGAAAUUUACAAAAUCGUUUUGGCAGGCUUCAUUUGAACAGUAUGAGAAAUUUGGGAGCGGGCGACACCUUCUUUCAAAAUCCAUUUAUGUUUUGAGAAACUCAGAAAUGUUUUUGUUUAUUUUUAAAUUUCAUUUCGUCGAUGAUCGACUGCCUUUUUUUCUAUUAACUGAAAAGAUAUUUGAUCAAAUUAUCAUCACAUCGUAAUAAAUCCCGUAUUUUUUUUCUUUUUUUGUUAAAAAUUGUAUAAUUAUGUUGAUGUAAGACACAAUUUGUUUAUAAUUUGAUCGAUAUCUUUAAGCUAUUGUUUUGUUUAGAUUGUUUGUUGGCUCGUUAAUUUGUUUGAAAGUUGUUUUGAUGUUUUUGUUUCAGUUGAUUGUUGACGAUUUCAUCCCAUUUUUAAAAUUAUGACAGAAGACUGGUUGUUAAUUUUAUUGAAUUAUUUAUGAUUCGUAUACAAGUUUCUACCGUAUGUGGAUAAGUUCAUAAAUCAAAUAAGUAUUGUUGGUUAAUGAAAGCGAAACUAUUGCACAGAAUUUGAUUGAUGUAUUACGAAAUUGAAAUAAAGGAAGAGCUGCUUCUUUUAACAGUCAUUUGGAAAGAAAUUUUCAGUAAAAGACUCGAAAUAUGUGCAAAAAGCUUGAUUAACUCAUCAAUACUGUAUUGUUAAUGUGAUUAUUUUGAUUGCGAAAAAAAUUGGAACUAGCUUAAAAUACUAAUGUUUCAACAUUUUUUCGCAUUUUGAUUAUUGUUACUAAUUCUUAUAUAGUUUUAUUUUCUAUGUUUGUGGAUAAUGUGCGGAUAAUACAUUAUUUUUAUUUGAUGUUUGCUUUAUUUUGAAGCUCAAUAAAUAAAAAUAUUCGCUCUAA